GUGAAACCGGUGCAUAUGACCGCAUGUAGCCGGACCUCCAAGUGCACAAACUCGAUGCGCACACUCACUAUGUAUAAAAUCACACCAGUAGUACUGAUACUACUUUACUUUCUAAUUCAACUGACUCAAUCACCCGAUCAAGUCAAUCAGCUCUAUCAACCCUACCAACUCAAUCAACCUUACCAGCCCAGUUAACCCAAUCAACUCCCACUAUGCUUUCACACUACUCAACCCUCUUUGUCAACCCAAAAUCUCAAGCCAACCAGCACCGUACCCAGAACAACUCUCUCUUCUUCACUAAAAGCAACAAAAAUCCCAAAUCAACAACCAAGAAACCAAAAGACACUCACAAAACCCGAGAUCUCGUAUCUCGCUACUUAUCCUCCCCUCGCAUCUCUUCCAUCUUCCAUCCAACACGCAAACCUAACCCCAAGUCUCUCCUUAAGCCACAAAACUACUCUAUGGGGGCCCGCUGCUCUCCCCACAAAAACACGCGGGGCGCUCGUAGUAGUACGGGGCAACCGGAGUGGUACGUGACGUACCGCGCUAUCAUGGACGAGGAAGAAAAGAGAGUGAAGAGAGUGCGCAAGGAGGAAGAUAGAGCGUGGGAGAAGGAGGUGAGGAGGGAUAAGGAGAAGUAUGCGAGAGAUACGUUGGGGAAGGAGGGUGUGUUUGCGGAUGUCUUUGUGUUGUUGGGGUGAUAGGGAAAGACAGUGGUAGUGAUUGUCUGUUGGGCUGGAACUGAUCUGAUAAAAGCGGAAGAGAUGCAUACAGGG